AACUAAAUUCAAUAACAUAAUUUCUUCCUGUUUCAUUUGAAGAAACGUAAAAAAUAAUUGAAUGAGAAAUAAUCAAUACUUAAAAGAUGCCCUCCUAAGAACUGAUAAUUAAAAGGUCUUUUUUAAUGCUUGUUAGAACAUGUUUCUAGAGCUGCUGCAUACCUUGAAGACCUGUAAAUAGAACUAACGAAGGGGGAGACUGGAGGUGUGAAAGAAAGGACAGAUUGGAUUUUGAAAAUCUUGAUAAAGAAGACAAACUGAUAACUUAUUGAUUUGGAAGUAAUUGAACCUGAUAAAUUUGUACUGUAACUAACUAAGCCUGUGCCUGAUACAAGUCUACACUUUCUUUAUUAAUUUAACACGAGGAAUUUUAUAGGUUAAUUUUAUGGAAAAGAUAAUUAGAACGUAGAAUGGGAAUUACGUCCAAGCCAAUAAUGGGAGGAGAAACAGAAUUCAAUCGUCCUUGAAUAGGGUCAAAAUGAAAGGAAGUUCCCGUUUACAGCUUUCAUUUUUGAAAUUUACAAAGGAAAGGUUGUGGUUUCGACGAUAAAAUUCUCCCUCGACAGAUGUCUCCAGUCGAUAUCUACCGUGCACAUGCGCUUUGAAUUGGUUGUGUAGUAAAUGAGGAAAGACAGGGUAGUCAGUAAGCACGUGCGAGACUGGACUGGAUCAGAGGCGUAUAAAUGUAUCUAAGACCAUGAAGUGUCCGUUCACAUCCGUUCUGGAGUGAAUGCAUCGAACAAGUAAAUCUAUUAUUCUGGAAUCAUGUAAUUGAAUUUGAUCAAUAAGGGAAGAAUGCGGAGAUGACUUUCAAUUUUGCGUUUAGAAUGUGGGUUAAAACUUUUCAUCAUUGUUAUCGCAAACCCACUGUUUUAGUUCCUCUGUGCCUUAUCACUGCCUUAGGAUUAGUUUUCAAUUCUAAAAUGAUAUCUUUAGUUAUUCCACCAAAUCUCCAAAAUUUAAGAAAACCCGAAAUAGAAACAAUGAAGUGCAUACCGAAAACGAAUGUGGUUUUCAUGAAAACUCAUAAAUGUGCCAGUUCAACUAUACAGAACAUAUUCAUGAGAUACGGAGACCUACACAAUUUAACUUUCGUCCUUCCGGCUAGUAGAAACUAUUUAGGACAUCCCGCUCCGUUUAAGAGGACUAUGGUCCCGGAUCCAUCCAGGUAUCACGUGACUUACAACAUCCUGACUCAUCAUUCCAGAUUUAAUUAUAAAGAAAUGAAAUUACUAAUGCCAAACGACACCGUAUUCGUCACCAUAGUAAGAGAUCCCGUCGACUUAUACGAGUCCCUUUAUUCCUACUACAAUUUAAACAAUGUUUACAAGAAAACAUUAUUAGAAGCCAUAGACAAAUUGAGCCACAGUAUAUUAAACAGGCGAGUUUACGGUCGAGUGGGAGCCAAUCAGAUGCUCUUCGAUUUGGGGUUCGAGUCCCACAGAAACAUCAACAGCACUCACGUUAAAUCCUACGUUAAAAGCCUGGAUGCAAUCUUCGAUUUGGUGAUGGUAGCCGAAAGAAUGGACGAAUCUCUAGUGCUGUUACGUCACCUGUUAUGCUGGGAUCUGGACGACGUAGUGGCAUUUAAAGUAAACGCACGAAGCAAAAAAUCGAGCAAUAUAACGGACGAAGUACGCGACAAAUUGAGGAAAUUAAACUGGAAAGAUCAACUAUUAUACAACUACUUUCUCCAACGUUUCGAGGAAAGAGUUGCGAAAUUCGGUGCGUCGUCGCUAGCGGAAGAAGUGGCGCUACUGAACGAAAAGAGAUCUUCCUGGUAUAAUCAUUGCGUCAAACGUAGUAAACGCGCCAAUAUCAUCACUUACGAACAAAAACGAGAUUCGAACUCGACGUGUGCUGCAUUGACACGAUCGGAACUAAACUACACAGAUUACCUCCGUAAGAGGCAGAAAUACAUGUUCCCUAUUCUGAAACAGGGACCACAUAGGAAGGGGUUAAAGAUUCGUAGGAGGACGCCUUUCAAAAGGGGUAUAGGAUAAGAUAGCGUGUAUCUGUGAUAAGUUUGUUUAAAAGCUCAAAAACAGAAGAACAUUUCCUCCGUCCCUCCAAGUGCACUUCUUGUCUGACGAACGCGGUUGUGAGUUUUUCAAGUUAAAGAGUGCCUUUUUAUAUCAUCUCAAGCAAUUCUUCCUUUCAUUUUCAAACACUAGCCAUUUCUUUAUGUAAACAUGUUGCGGAAAUAUAAACAAAAACUGGUAAUUUGUAUAUAUUUACCCAUUGUACAUAUAUUUACAGCAUAUAUAUAUAUAUAUAUACACACACACGACUUUGUUCUUAUUUAUUAUGUAAAUA